AUGUUUACUUUGUUUUCCAACAUGGUGGAUGAGAUAGCGUUGAAAGAAGUACGUUUCAACUAAUUUCGCUGUAGCCUUUGUUUCUUCUUUUAAACGGUAUAUUUUGAUGCUACCUUUCACGUUUACUUCAGAUGAUGGAAAAAGAUUUACCAGAAGUCAUUUCAUCCAUGAGAGAAAUGGGUGAAAAGGUAAGAAAAUACCCACGUGGCUUUUUCCACUUCGAUUUUCCAUAACGAGCAAACCCUAGGACGUAAUUAAUCCAUCAGAAACGUCGAUCACAAACGAGAUCGACAAGAUAAUCUUCUUGACUUUUAAACGGAGUUCUCAUCAUUGUGAUUUUAGGGAAAGGAGAACAUUUUGGUUCAUAAUGCAUGUGAAAUUACUUUACGAAGUAGCAUCGCUCAAGACUGAUACUCUCACUUACAUAAUGGGAGGAGGGGGUGGUUUUAUCUUUGACCAUAUCUGGAUGCUCGGCGGAGAGGAGGUAGGGGGGGGGGGGGAGACACAUCGGGAAAUUAAAGUGUUUCGUGCCACCAAAGUCUUUACCCUUUAACCCCUAAGAGUGAUAUAUUGCCAACAAUUUUCUCCUGUCAGGAUCACCCAUAAAACAAACAUCGAGGUCAUGAGGAUAAAAGAAAUGAUCACCAACUAAAGACACUGCUGAUUGUUGAACAAAUUCUCUCUGUCAGUACCAUUAGAAAUGUAUAGAGAACAGUAUGGAGAAAAUGUAUACUGAUGUUAGGGUGUAAAGGGUAAAGUAAUUAACUAAUGAAGAGAUCAUAGUUAUUUUCCCCCCCUCAGAUGUUAUGUAAACUGUCUAUCACAGGCUAGCCCCAUACUUCCCUUCCAACUUUCACUUAGGAGUCUUUAAUCUUGACUGCCUAAAGAAAACCCUCCAUUUUCUCUGAGGCCAACAUACGCUUUGUGUAUUUUUUCCUCUAAGAUUUCGGAUAUAAACCAGCAUGCAGAAAGCUUACUAGUAAAAAUUACAAGUGGAUCAUUGGCAACAAAAAAGGUAUGUUAGUUAGAUGUGUCAAUUAAUUUGUAGAUAUCCUCGAAAAAACAAACUUGGUUUGCUCUCUUUAAAAUCUUCUUUAAACUAAAUACUACAGCUACAUAUCACAUAUUUCAGUCUAUUGCAUCUUGUAUUUUUCAGGGUGUGAGUUUUUUAGAACUUAAGUUUCAUCUUCUCCUUAGGUAGGUACCUUGAUGAAAAAAAGAGAAUACAAGAAUUUUGAAUGAAAGUUCCUUUAUUAAUGUUAACUCAAGUUAACUUUCACUCCUCCAUCUUAAAAGCAACUGGUUAACAUCGUCAAUUUAUUUCAGACACCCUCAGAUCCAAUUAGGAAUAUUAUUUGCUAUCCUACUCAUUCUGUUGAAAUUGGCUUUUUCAAAAGUUUUUUAUAGAUCUUAUAAACUUACAAAUUGUUUCUGUCUCAGUUAAUCAUGAUGUCUUCUUGAGAAUUUAAAGUCUGAAAUGUCAAUUUUUAAGUUUUAACAUUAUCAUUCCAUUAAUCUCAAUGGAUUUAAAAAAGAUGUGGAAUAAAAUUCUGUUGCUUGAAUGUAUGGUUAUGAUCAAAUAAUGAACUGUCUAUUGUAACAAUUGAGGUCUUCCAAUCUUGGGCAGGAACCUUUUCUGUCAGUGGAACUUAAGAGAGUUAAAAGUAUACUGGAAAGAAAUAAUUACUAUGGUGACUAUUUCCCUUUAUUUUUGUGUCACUGACAGCUAUGUUAUCGAUCUCACUUACUACUUGUUAACAAAAACUGAUGGGAACUCAUGGCAGGGAGAUCCAGCUGUGGACAGAUUAGUUGAAGCACGCACAGUGAGUGUAUACUUAAACAUUUUUAGUUAAGAUCUCCUUAAAUAUUGUGAUUAAAAGUGUUUUCUUAACUUUUAUUUUAUAUCAUUAUAUUUCCUUAAGGUUUUGGAGAAACUGAGACCGAUUGAUCAGAAAAUGAAAUAUCAGAUUGAUAAAAUGAUCAAGACUGCUACAACUGGAACAGUCUCAGGUAUUUUAACAAACAUUUAGCCUCCCUUCUCUUAGUUGGGUCUUAAUGUAGUUCUAAAAUCAGGGUUUUUACAGGUCCUGGAAAACCUGAUAGUCCUGGAAUUUUAUUUGGACAUUUUAUUUCCAGGAGUGGAAAGUCCUGGAAAACAGCUACAGGUCUUGGAAAGUCCAGGAAAUCCACUUAAAUCAAGCAAUGAUUUAUUCAUGAUUUUGAAAUUUCAGGAAUGAAAGGGUUUAUAAGGUUCAAUUUGAGUCCUGGAAAAGUCCUUGAAAUUUGUUUCUGAAAAGGGCUACAAAUCUUGUAAAUUGAUCCCUUGACAAAACCUUGCAGUUCGGCAGUGAGUUUGAUGAAUAUGCAUGUUGGUGGGCCUGGUUUUUUUUUUAUUAUUUUUUUAAUUUAAGUCCCUUGCACAUUUUUCUUUCUCCUAAAGGUGCUGAAAUUGAUCCUUUGAGAUUUAAGCCAAAUCCAGACAACAUGGUUUCAAAGGUAUUUCAUUAUCUAUCCAAUUUUUGUCAAUAAUCUUACAAAAAGUUAGGCCUCAGAUAUCCCUUUUCACCCCAGGGUGAUAGCAAAUGAGCGCGUCAGAUCCCAGACCAUCCAUUCAAUACAAAUACUGUUUUGCAAUGGAUUGAAAGUUUCCUCAAACCAAGUGCUCUUGAAUAGAGUUGUGUAUCUUGUAGCCUUUGUAUCUUAAGGGCAGUUUUACUGCCAUUAGUUUUCAUUACAAAAAAAACAUGUCUGUAUGAGCCUUUCCAAGCUUAAAAUUAUAUUUUGAGACUUGAGAUCAUGAUCAUAAUUUAUCAUAAUACAUGUCAUAUAGUUGAAAGAAUUGCUUUAGGGAAUGCAUUUGUUGAUUUUUUAAAUUCAUUACACAAAGCUUGACGAUGAGGAUUCACAGAGUAGUGAUGAGGAAGGUGCCCCUAAAAAAUCCAAAGUUUAUGUUCCUCCAAAAGUAGCAGCUGUUCCUUAUGGUAAGUCUGGAAAUCUGGUGGAAUUUCAUCAAGUAUCAUGAUUUUAAUAGCCCAAUUUUAAAAUUAUGAUAUUCACAGUAGGACAAAAGACUUCAACAGAAGGCUCCUGGGAGUAAACAAGAGAAGUUGUGUGGUUUUUUUCCUCAGAGCUAUCCCCUGUUGUGAUGUGAGCCCUUGUGCAAUUCCCUCACUGCAGUCCGUGUUGCCAACUCUUGGUGCCUUGUAAAAGGUGCUUGAGAAAAAGAAACGGUUAAUGUAGUGUGAAUGAGCACUUUACAUGGCUUGAGGAUCUCAGAUUUUUCUUUUCUCCCAUGCUUGUGACAAGACGUAUAUAACGUAGUUCUUUCUUCCACUGCUGAGCUCAAAAUGUAAAUCUUUCGAAUUCUUUAUAUUCACAUAUUGUUUUAAUUAAAUUCCAGAUGAUAAAGAUGAUAAGAAGACUAGGAAAGAGAAAGAUGAAGAAAGAUCAAGGAAAAGGGUUUUGACUAGCUCUGUUUUACACGAUCUGAGAGGUACAGUACAUUUGAACAAGACGGCGGCGUGGAAGCAACUGUUUAGACCUAUAAUCAUUUAUUCUAAUUUUCUUAUUUUUCUUUCAGACGAAUACAGUGAUGCACCACAAGAAAUUCGGGUAUGGUUAUCUACUUUUGCCUUUAAGAGUCUUCAAGAGCUUUUUCUCAGAACAUUUUGCUAUCUCGAUCAGAGAAUUUGAUUGUUGGACAAAGUUUAUAACUCUAUUUUGUCAACCGUUUGUUCUUUAAUUGAAGUGUCUCUUUUUCGUAGGAUGAAACUGUUUCGCGUUGGAGAAAACAAAAAGAGAAGGAAGAAGAAGAGGAGCGAACGAGGUAAGCUGUAUGACUUGUUCUCGAUCGUUUUGUUUAGAGCGCAUUCGGAUUGGGCGUCUUCAGAACAAAACCAAAGUAGUGCAACGUCCAAUCAAAAGAAACUUUAAUAUCACAAUGAGCCAAAGCAAGUACCAGAAAACUUCCUUAAACGCGGGAAAACGCAAAGACCCAGUCGCGGUUGGUUUAAACCCUUAACCCCAAGGAGUGUCUGGCAUUUAAUUUCUCCACACAGUAUCACUCCUUAAUCAAACAUUAACGUCACGAGAAUAAAGGAAAUGAUCACCUACUAAAGAGGCUCUCAAUAUAUAAACGCAUUCUCCUUUUCAACAACCUAGGAAAUGUAUAGGGAACAGUAUUGAGAAUAUGCAUACUGAUGGUAGGGUGUAAAGGGUCAAGUAUUGCAUUUCGUUUGUUGAGAGUGACCAGUGCGAGUUUUCUAGAUCAAUCACAGAAAACAUUGAAGCAGACUUUAUUUAAACAGCUCAUCGGAUUUCUUCGCUUACUCGAUAUUAUCGGUAAAGUGGAAAUGAAGAUUGCUCGCUAUAUGCUAUCGUGUUUUAUAUUUACUUGUUUAUUUUUUCGGUCACUGGAUGUGUCAUCGACCAUGCAAAGUUGAAAGUUUAAUGCGAGUGUUUGCACUUGCUAACGGAAAAUACCUAUCGAAUUCCUGGUAACACUAAACAUAAUAUUUCAUUUAUCUUUCGUCUUAGAUAUGAAGAGGAGAAUCUACUUCGCCUGCCAGCCAAGAAGAAGAAAAAGGUAAGUUUGUUUGUCAACAUUAUCCUUUUAUUUAUUGGUUCCAGCACGCUACUGACCAACUGAACUUUAUUUGAUUAAUAAUCUAGAUAUCAGAGCGUGCCCAGUCAGGCAUGGACGAGCUGACCUCAUUCGCUGAUUUGUCUGUAUUAAAUGACGAUGAAACGGUUAGUAUAAAGUUUUUCAGAUCUCUGUGAUACAAUUACGUUUGGUCACUUUGAUCAACAAGGUAAUAAAUGGCUCAAUAUUAGUGAAAACAAUUAUGCAGGUUUGGGUAGUCGGGUAGCGUCUCGAUCCCAAACUCCCUCUGUUUUUUUCGCUAAGCCGCCAUUGUCACGCCAUUUAUCAUUUGGCUGCUGAACGCCUGAAAGAGGCUGUCUGUGUAUGUGCUGUGAUAUUUACUGUUUCGUUUGUGUUUUACAGAGUGGUGAUUACUCAACCAGGUCCAGGUAAUUUUAUUUCUUUCUUUUGUGUUUUUAUUGUACUGUGUGUCAGAGUUUGGUUAUUGGGUUUUAGCUCUGCUUUUCCAUCGAUUGAGGAUUACUACGAACAGUGUCGGAAGGGGGUGAGUUGUUCCCGUGUGGGGAACAAAACUAAUCAGAUCAAGGAGUAAAAUCUAAGAAGGGGCCCAAUGAGAAAUCAGAGUGAAAACGUAAAUAACUUCAAGUGCAUGAAACCACGGUUAGUCCAGUCGCGAUUGGUUUUUCUUGCUUGCGCACGCGAUUGGUUAAAAAUGUGGCGCCAGAUUUUUAGACCAAUCACAGCGCCCCAAUACAGACCCUUUUGAUCUAUUACCAGUCCACCCAUGGUCAUCGAUUUACUCAAUGCGUGUUCGUUUCUCUUGCAGUUCGCGCAGUAAAACAUCAAAAUCUAAGGUAGAGUAUCUUCUUAUGAUUCCAAAUGUAACCCUGAUUAGAGAUUUUUAAAAAAAAUUCUCCCAGACUCUGUAAAUCAUCAACUAUACAACGUUGUUUUCACCCCAGUGUAAAAUGCUCUUGUAGUUAUGAUAACAUGUUUUUUGCAGUGGAAGAAAAAACGUGGAGCUACGAAGAAGGGAAGGAAAGGUUAGUUAUACGAACUUAUCUUACUUAUUUGAAAUUACAAGAUAAUUAGGUUUUAUAAUGUUGGUAUUGUAGAGAGUUGCCAAAGCUGACGUUUCGAACGUCAGCCCCUCGUCACUCGCGCUGACGGGGGGAUAAAGCUGAAACUUCAACUUAGAAACUCUUCGCAAAUUUCCUUUUUUUUUCCUUGAAGUAACUUCCACCGACACAGCACCACAGUUGUUCUAGAAAGAUUAAAACCUUCUUUCGAUAACUGUGUUAUCUCUCUUUGCUUGUCAAUCAGGGUUCGCUGGAAGACGCCGAAGAUGAAACAAGAAAUCAACGAGGCCAAUUGAAUGAUUAAAAAGUGAAACGUUUUCGUGGUCUUUAAUUUUUUGUUUCUACAUUGUUUUCACUCACUUUUUUGGCAGACUUCGCAUUCGAUCGCAGCACUUAAAAGAUACUCGCCAUUAUGGAGUUUAGCUAAAAUCAGCUGGAGAAACAUCUACACAAGCAAGUAAUCCCACCUAAAUGAACUUGAUAAGAAAAUCUAGGCUCAAGGGAUCCGGUAGCCUGUUGGACCGGCGUAUUUUGCCAGUUGCAGAAGAGCGGAGGCGCGCACGAGGCACAAACGGGCGUGUCUUGUACCUCGUUCUUUCCUUGAUACUUCCUCUUUCCAGCCUCCCCACAUCUGAAAAGCGUUAAAAAAAUUAAUAACGCCCAUUGGCCUCUAUUUCUACGGAGAAAGUCUCGUACAUAUCGUGCCUUGCUGGGAUGUUUUCACGAAUUAACUGUUCACUAUAGCGUGAUUCAGUCUUGCAUGCUGGUAUCUUAACAGUUUUUUGUUUCACAUUUCCUGCAACUGCUAAGAAAGAAACGUGUUUAUUCGGUUCUCGUAGUGACUGCGAUAAGAUGUUCUACUCUUUGAACUUGCGUCAAUUUUAUUCGACCAAAGCCAGGAACCUGUUGAUGUGG